CCUGUGAUUCUGAUAUCUCUCUUUACUAGAAGUUUUUCGUAAAAGCGGGUGAAAAUGACGAAUCCGAAAGGUUACAGGCGCGGAACGCGCUACAUGUUUUCACGUGACUUUCGUAAGAAAGGUUACAUCCCUCUUUCCACGUAUAUGCAAGUUUACAAAGUUGGAGACAUCGUCGAUAUCAAGGUUGGUUGUGGUGCCGUAACAAAGGGAAUGCCCCACAAGUCUUACCACGGGAAGACGGGACGAGUCUUCAACGUUACGCAACAUGCCUUGGGGGUCAUUGUCAACAAGCGUGUGCGAGGAAAGGUUUUACCAAAAAGAAUAAACAUUCGAAUUGAACAUGUGAAACACUCUCAAUGUCGCAAAGACUUCCUUGAUCGCGUGAAGACGAACGAAGCCAAAAAGCGCGAAGCUCGAGAGAAAGGUAUUCGUGUCCAGCUCAAGCGACAGAAAUUGGUGCUGACUGGGCCUUGUGAUAUGGGUCGGACGGUCAGCAAGCGAUCGCCAAUGUACAAGUGGCUCUUCCCGCGAAUUUUAGAGGAUGUGCAGCUGGCGAAGCUGUCGGACCAUAAGUACAGUUCGGCCAGUAACAGCAUUCUAGACCCUUACAUGAAUGUAUUCUGGAAUUGGCUUGUUACGAAGGUGCCCCUCUGGGUUGCUCCAAACCUCAUCACCAUAACAGGAUUAAUCAUAAAUAUCGUCACCUCUGUAGUACUUAUGUACUACGCGCCUCUUGCCAAGGAAUGCGCUCCGAGAUGGGCGUACUUCUGCUGCGGAAUGGGAUUGUUCAUUUACCAAAGUUUGGAUGCUAUUGAUGGCAAGCAGGCACGGCGGACCGAAUCUUCCAGUCCACUGGGAGAGAUGUUCGACCACGGUUGUGAUUCCGUUUCCACUGCAUGCAUCGCUUGUCGGCUCGGGAUGCAUCCAAACUGGCUGUUUUUUCAAACUCUUACUGCCGUGACCCUGUUUUAUUGCUCACAUUGGCAAACGUACGUUUCAGGAACGUUGAAAUUUGGAAAGAUUGAUGUGACAGAAGCCCAAGUUGGUAUCAUGUCUAUUCAUAUGAUCAGCAGUUUCCUGGGCCCUGAAAUCUGGGACUUGAAGAUGCCUUUUGUUGGUGUUCCGUUGAAAUUUGGUCCAGUCGCGAUGUCGUGCGUGUCUGCUGCACUGUUCUACUAUGCGACGUUCUCAACUAUUUUUGCGGGCGGCGUUGGCAAGAACGGUUCUACAGUGGCAAUUCCAUUGAUCGGAGUCGACUUCAGCAUGUCCUAUGGGAUUUUAGCGUUCUCGCUCGAGUUCCUGGCUGGGAUCGGCUACUUCAACACAAUACUCUGUGGAGGUGUGGGGAAGAACGGGUCCACUGUUGCUGGAAGGGGCACAAGCGUCCUAUCGCCAUUUCUUCCGAUCGCCAUGGUCGUGAUUCCUGGAUUCAUCAUUAGCCAGAAAAGCGAAUCAAGAAUAUUCGAACAUCACCCUUGCCUUUACUUGGCUACGUUCGGCAUUGUAGCCGCAAAGAUAACCAACAAACUCGUGGUUGCCCAUAUGACGAAGCAUGAGAUGACUUUCAUGGAUUCCGCGUAUAUCGGACCAGCAAUGCUGUUUCUAAAUCAAUACUUUGACUUCUACAUCCCGGAGGUGUAUGUUUUGUGGUUGGCUUUGAUUUGGAGCGUGUUUGAUUUGAUCAAGUAUAGCGCACAGGUUUGCUUGGAAAUCUGCGAUCAUAUGGGAAUAUUCCUGUUCAAGAUAAAACCGAAGGGGGACGGAGUGGAGCCCGUGGUGGCCCGACAGAGCAACGGUAUGUCGCAGCGGGCUGCGGCGCCGCGGACACCGUCGGGCAUGUCUGUCGUGUCGUCCGCGUCCACUAAUUACCAAACAGCUGGUGGCGGGUAUUCUUCGUCGUCAUCAUCGUCUCCUUCACCUCAGCAGCCGCCAGCCCGGCGACUCACCCGCAGUCGAGUGGCCAAAACCUGACGAUUGCGAACGGCUCGUGAACAAGAGCAUUUACGAUGGCUCCCUGUUCUGUUUUUUAUUAUUUAAUUAUAUCCUGGGAAGUGGAUGGCUCGUUUUGGGUGCUGAAAAAUGGGGGCCGUGUCUUCACGUCUUCGCCUGUUCCGUAGCCGGCGGAACUUCGAACUGUAUACGUUUUGAAACGUGCUCAGAUCGAAGAAAACGGCUUGAACUGAUUGGCCGUUGGUGCAAGCGUUAAGAACGACUCGACAUUUGGAAAGUUUUAUUUUGAAGAGAUCGACGGGUGGGUGGGGAAACCCUUCGAGAAGUUUAGGCGUCCAUUUUUUGUGUGGAUGGCGGCGUAGUAUUCUUCUUGAAGCUUUGUAACCUGAGAAGGGGAAUGUGUUGAAUAAACUUGAAUGAGCCCUGGGAACUAAAUGCUUCUUCAUCUUUCGUUACA